UAGGCGUCUGUUUCAACUCCCAGCCUGACAGAAUUUUUUUUUUUUUUUUUUUUUUAUGUGUGUGUGUGUAACCACGCCUACACAGUGGCUGCCAAGGCUUACCCAUGAGUUAAACCUUCUUUAGUUGGUAAUGAGGAAGGCGUGGGCUCUAGCAGUGGACACCCGAAGGCAGCAGUGGGUGAAAACAAGCAAAAUAAAGAAAAGUUUGGCUGUGAGAAGGUGCUAGACAGCCAGCCAUAGUGACGAGGAGGCAGGAAGGUAGAUCACCACCACCACCACCACCACCAUCAAGAAUUGCUGUUCCAAAGGCCUGACUUGGGAGCAAUCCUGAAUCAUCAGUAGCAUCAAGCUGAAGCAGAAGCCCUAACACAAUAAAGAUGUUCUCUAGAAUUGCAGCAGCAAAAAGCAGCCUUCCAUUUGUCACAGCCUUACAUCACACACGAUCCAAAUUGUGCCCCCAGAUGUGGAGAACCUAUACAUCUCGCAAUAUAUUAAAACUUGAAGAAAGAGGAUUAUGGGCAGACUUCUUUCCUGAUUCCAAUGUCAACAAGCUUAUUCAAGAACUUACAAGAAAGCCCCAGACUAUAUAUAGUGGCUUUGAUCCCACUGCAGAUUCUCUCCAUGUUGGUAAUCUUCUGGUUAUAAUGGCUCUCCUACACUGUCAACGAGCUGGGCAUAAUGUAAUAGCCUUAGUAGGUGGAGCCACAGCCCAGAUUGGAGACCCAAGUGGUCGGAAGUCUGAGAGGCCUCAGCUCAGUGUAUCAGAAGUUCAAGCCAACUCACAAAAAAUUUUUGAAAAUCUAAAUAGAGUAUUCAGUAAUCACAAAGAGUAUUUUUGGGAGAAUGAAGAUGAUUCACCACUGCCUCCUAUGAGAACUGAAAAUAAUAUUGAUUGGUACAAAAAGCUAAGUCUGGUGGAGUUCUUAUGUGAGACUGGACGCCACAUAAGGGUAGGUGACAUGCUGUCCCGCACCAGUGUUGCAUCCCGCCUGCAGUCAUCUGAGGGAAUGAGCUUUACUGAAUUCUCUUAUCAGGUUCUGCAAGCACAUGAUUGGCUGUAUUUGUAUGACAAGUACAACUGCACAGUACAGAUUGGAGGAAGUGAUCAAAUGGGUAAUAUGCAUACUGGAUAUUGGCUUAUCAGCAAGCUGCGGAAUGUGACAGCAACUGGUCUGACAAUACCAAUCAUAACCAAUGAAAGUGGUGACAAAUUUGGCAAAUCUGCUGGUAACCCUAUAUGGUUGGAUAGCAGUAAGACUUCUACAUUUGACUUCUAUCAGUUCUUCAUGAGACUGAAGGACUCAGAGGUUGAAAAAUAUCUGAAGCUAUUGACAUUCUUGCCACUCAGUGAUAUAGAAAGUAUUAUGGAAAAACAUAAGAAGAAGCCAGAAAGCAGACAUGCACAAACAAAGUUGGCUGAAAAAAUUACUUUACUAGUCCAUGGAAAAAGUGGCUUAGAAUCUGCCAAACGCACAACUGAAGUGUUGUAUGGUGGACAACCAGAAGCUCUGGCUGAAAUGACCAAAGAUGAGCUAGAGGCUGUCUUCAAACUUGCAUCAUCAGCAAAACUGCUCUUGGAACCUGGAACCUCCAUUCUUGACAUGGCACUGAAAGCUGGCUGUUUCUUUGAUGAAAGACAUGGUCGGCGCAUAAUAGAGGCUGGAGGGUUCUAUGUGAAUCUGUCACGAGUAACUAGACCAGACCUAAUAAUCAUCCCAGAGGCACACAUAUUACCAAAUGGACUUUCAUUACUCAGAGUUGGUAAGAAAAACUACUAUAUAAUCAAGUGGACAAAGUCUCGGAGGCUGUUGAUCUUCACUGGAAUGUAUCUGACUGCAAGGAGGGAGGUGAGGGCACUUGAGUAGCUCCUCAUAAUGACCAUUACUGUCAGCAACCACAGCCCGAUCAUUGCCCGUGAUGCCAGAGUGUUUGGGAUACUCUGCAAGGCUGAUGAGUCAUUUGAUCAAUGCCUGAUGUGAGAAAUACUCAGCAUAUUAUUAGUAUAUGCAGAGAGAAUGAGCAUCUUUUGAUGAAAACCAAGCAUAUUAUAGGUUUUACACACCUCAAUGUAAGAACUCACUUUGCUGCAAGAGGAUAACCAGCUGAUCCCAGGAACAUCUAAGAGCCACCAUGAUAUUGGAAGUGAUGGGCAACCUUUCCCACUGAAGAACAAGUCUGGAGAGUGCAAGGGUGAUGCAAGCCAUGCAGAAAGUCAGCCACACCCCAAACCACACGAGGGGUUGUAGAGGGUUGAGGAAGCCCCAUGGAUUGAGUUGAGCAUGGCCUCUCUUCACCAGGAUCUUGUAAUAGUCAAUCAUUAUUGGAUAUGAAAAUUCAGCAGCCUUCGUCCGUUCCUCUGUCAUUCCAAAUGGACCCAGUGCCAAGUCUGCCUCCUGAAAUUUGAAGAAAUUAUGAUCUAAAACUAUAGUUAACAAGGAGUUGAUUGGUAAUGUUAUAUGAUGUCUGGCUUCUAGUCAUUAAGAAGAAACUGCAAUACACCAGCAAGGCUGAUGUGAUGAUUAUUGUGACAGCAUUAUUAAAAGAAAAAUAACAGGUUCAAGGCAUACUAAAAAAUUAGAACCAGUUAGAAAAUUAAAAAAGAAAAUUUGCUAGAGUGAACAAGGAUUGACAAACAAUAUAUGUAUAGAGAUGAACCAGCUAUAGAAUAGAUGAGAUGAAAGAAAUGAGUGGAAGUUUAUUUGCCACUGAAACUUUUUUUUUUCUUUUUUUCUUUU